GCAACCAUGGGUGCAGGCUGCACCAGGCUGUGACUUGUGCAGGGCCUCAUGAGGUCUCUGGCUGCUCAUGGGCACAGCCUCGGUGGAGAGGUUUGGUUCCAGUGGCCGGAGGGGCUCUCUUCCCCCGGAUACCUCCCAUCCCAGUGUCUGCUCUGAUUGUGGCUGACAGCAUGCCUCAGGCCGGGCUUGGACCAGAACUGCCGCUGUGUCAGCCCCGCACUCUCCUCGGAGUUGCCUGCCCCCCGAAGAGCGCACCCUCUUCAUGGAAAGCCCCAUGCAGUGGCCCCCUGGUGAUGGCAUCCGACAGUGAUGUGAAGAUGCUGCUGAAUUUUGUGAACCUGGCCUCCAGUGACAUCAAGGCAGCCCUGGACAAGUCCGCGCCCUGCCGCCGCUCUGUGGACCACCGCAAGUACCUGCAGAAGCAGCUCAAACGCUUCUCGCAGAAGUACUCCCGGCUCCCGCGGGGCCUUCCUGGCAGGGCUGCCGAGCCUCACCUGAGAAGGGGGCCUGAAGACCACCCCGGGCAGCUGCCCCUCCAUCCCUCAGUCCCUUGUGGCCCCGAUCCCAGCCCUGGCGGGGGUGGGGGCUGCAAGGAGAAGGCUCUGGGGAGUCCCUUCGGGGAGGAAUGUCUUUCCAAGGAGCAGGGCCCAGAAGCUGCCAAGCCUGGCCAGGUGCCCAUGAGGAAAAGACAGCUGCCUGCUUCCUUCUGGGAAGAGCCGAGGCCCACCCACAGCUACCCCAUGGGGCUGGAGGGGCUACCGGUCAUCAGGGAGGGACCUCCCUACGAGAGUAAAAAGAAUUGCAAGGGCUUGGAGUCUGUGGUGCCUGAGGCCGCCCCAGGGCCCAUGUCCCCAAGGGCACUGGUUGACAAGGAGCCACUCAAGAUGCCCGGGGUCUCUUUGGUGGGCAGUGUUGAUGCUUGGAGCUGCUGCCCCUUCCAGUACCAUGGACAGCCCAUCUACCCUGGUCCUCCAGGGGCCCUGCCUGCAAGCCCCAUCCCGGGCCUGGGCCUGUGGAGGAAAAGCCCGGCUUUGCCUGCAGAGCUGGCCCACUUCUGCGAGCACGUGGAUGGCCCAGGGCAGAAGGUGUACAGACCUGUUGUUCUGAAGCCCAUCCCCACCAAGCCGACUGUUCCCCCACCCAUUUUCAAUGUCUUUGGCUACCUCUAGCUAGGCUGCAGGGCCUGGGCCGCCUCCUCCAGCCUGCAGGACAUCGGGGACCCAAGGAGCUGUCUUUGGGAGGAGGGGGCUGUGCAGAGGCAUGGCCUGGGCAUUCCAAAUGCCCCUUCCCUUUGUGCGUUCUGAGGGCAGUCUUGGGGCGGGGGCUUCUCAGGCAGUCACCAGCUCAGCCCCUGCAGCCUUGGGGCUGGGCUCAGCCGGCUUCACUGCAGCCUGGCUGGAGUCCAGCAGACCCUUCCCUGUCCCUGUGCAGACCGCGGGCAGUGGGACCUGGCCCGGCCCACCAGCCACCCAAAUGUCACGUACACACCCACUGUUUAAGCCAAUUUCAGUUGUUGUUCUUUUUGUUCUUUGUAAAUAUUAAGAAGGUUGAUAGAAUAAAGACAUUUCUUUUUGCAGUUUCCACA